AAAGAAAGUCACUUCCGCGCAGCUGAUCGUGACGUCACUUUCCAACAUGGCGGACUGGAACGGAGGCCGUGGAUCCGUGGAAGACAUGCUAGAUGUCGAGAAUAAACGUCUGUCCGAGAACCUGGCCACCAAAGUCUCGAGGCUGAAAUCGCUGGCGUACGAGAUCGACAGAGAGGCCGAAGACCAGAACGAGUAUUUGGACGGCAUGGACUCCAACUUCCUGAGCGCCACCGGCCUGCUGAGCGGCAGCGUCAAGCGUUUCUCCACCAUGGUGCGCUCCAGUCGGGACAACCGCCGCAUCCUCUGCUACGUCUCCGUGGGCCUGGUCCUGGCCUUCUUCCUGCUCUACUACCUGGUCUCCAGGAUCCAGCGCUGACGUCCACUGAGGCCGGACUCUAGAACAUCAUGUCUGCGAGACUUUGCACCAGGACGACAGGAAAUGGAUGUAGAAGUGACCAGCAGGGGGCGUCGGAGCAGCUCGAAACCAAAAACCCAACUUUCUUGCUGCUGUAAGUGCAUCAGAAGAGCUGGGUGUAUCUGGGGAAUUGGGGUAUGACGUUUUUAAUGGGGAACGACGUCAAUGUCUCUUGUUUUCAUGUUCGCAUUUUGAAUAUGAAAUGUCAUUAGUAACUAAACAUGUUAAAGUUCAAAGGAAGGAUAAUUGUGGUUAAUUAGACUUUGCUGGUGACUCAAGGAUCAAGUGAAUCGUAUUUUGGAAAUAAUUUAAUUCUAAGUUAUGUCAAAGUUGUCUUCUUAGCAUACACACCAGUUUAACUGCAAAGACUCAUUGGUACAUAUUUCUCUUUUGGUAUUGUUUGUUCAUGCUUAUGAUUUUUACUUCCAACAUUCUCAAUAUUUCCAGGGAACAAUAAUGCGUUUUUUCUGAAUUAUGUUACUUUGUAGCAGCGGUGUUCAAACUUUGUACACAGAAUCUAAGCAUCUGGGGACCAUUUUCAUGUUUUAUAUUCAAAAUCAAUAAUAUAUAUAUAUAUAUAUAUAUACUGUAUAUAUGGUGUUGUUUUUUACUUUUAGGGCUCCCCUCAAGUUUGGUCCCAAGAACCUGGAAGGGUAUCAGUCAUAAAAAGUCAUACAUUU